CCGCCCGGGGGCGUUCCCGGGAGCCGGGGGGCCGCCGAGGGUAGACCCGCCGCGCCCGGGAGGAGCCAGGCGGCCACGUGACCCGCCGCGGCGGGGCCGGCGGCCCAGAAAUAGCGGCGGCGGCGGUUCCGCCCGCGGGCGGCGCGAGCCAGGCCGAGACGCGAGGACGCCGGCUGGGCGGGCGGGCGCGGAGGAUGCCUCAGAGCCCCGGCCUGGCCCGGCCCCGAGCACAUGAUGGCGAUACGGGAGCUCAAAGUGUGCCUCCUCGGGGACACCGGGGUUGGGAAAUCAAGCAUCGUGUGUCGAUUCGUCCAGGAUCACUUUGACCACAACAUCAGCCCUACCAUCGGGGCAUCUUUUAUGACCAAAACUGUGCCUUGUGGAAAUGAACUUCACAAGUUCCUCAUCUGGGACACUGCUGGUCAGGAACGGUUUCAUUCCUUGGCUCCCAUGUACUAUCGAGGAUCUGCUGCAGCUGUUAUAGUGUAUGAUAUCACCAAACAGGAUUCAUUUCAUACCUUGAAGAAAUGGGUUAAAGAGCUGAAAGAACAUGGUCCAGAAAACAUUGUAAUGGCUAUUGCUGGAAAUAAAUGUGAUCUCUCAGAUAUUAGGGAGGUGCCCCUGAAGGAUGCUAAGGAAUAUGCUGAAUCCAUAGGUGCCAUCGUGGUGGAAACAAGCGCAAAAAAUGCUAUUAAUAUCGAAGAGCUCUUUCAAGGAAUCAGCCGCCAGAUCCCACCCUUGGACCCCCAUGAAAACGGAAACAGUGGGACGAUCAAACUUGUGAAGCCGGGCGCACAAGCCAGCCGGCGGUGCUGUUAACCCAGGGGCCACGGUGCUUGAAGAAGCCGGAGCCCACGCCCCUGUGCGCUGCCGAAGGACCCCACGCUCGGUGGCCUGCACCUUGCUUUGAGAAGAGUGAGCACCCUGGCUUUGCAUCCUGGAAGCUCUGCUGGAGCAGAGCAGGAAAUGCCCCCCAAAAAGGAAUUUGGAAAACUCUGGAAAAACCCACUAUACCGUCACAAAAUGGCCUUUAGUGCGUGAAAUGCACAUGGGAGGAUUUGUACUUAUUAGGUAAUAAGUAUAGUUGCAUUUUUUUGUUAAAAACCUUAAAAAAUUCUUGGAUUUGUACAAAAGUCUUGCUGCCUUAUGUGUAUGGGAUUCUAACGUGGUGUUCCACUUGGAUGUCCUGUUUACCUAGCCAAACUUCAGUAACUUCUUCAGUGCCAUUGCCUUUGCUACCUAACCGACCUUCACUGGAGGGAAAUUUAAUUUAGAAAGUUAGUUUUUAGCUAGCUUUGGAAGUAAGCCUUUAUUUAUUACUUUUCUGAAGGAAAUCAGAGAAGUGUAAUUGGACCAUUGCUCGGACUGAGACUUGAGCUAUUAUAAAAGAGGAGAGAGAUGUAUUAGAAACUGUUGUCUACAUCUCUUUUAAUUGGUGGACAUUUUUCUAAGUUUUAGCCAUAUAUAAACAAACCAAAUUGGACUAAAUACAAUAUUGCAUAUAAUUCUGGGAUUGGGAAGCCUAGUUUGAAAGAGUCAUUUAAGCAAUGACUGUGUAAGCGGUGAUAAAUGUAGGAUAUAAAUAUUAUUCAAGAAACCACCUGACAUGCAUCACCAGCAUACUAAUAAAUUCCUACUCUCUUAGGUAAG